AUGCAAGAGUCGCUCUUGGACACUCGGACAACGUCUGCAUCUGCGUGCUGCACACCACGAGGGUAUGGCGCCGUGCUGUUCGUGGCUACGUUGCUUGCCCUUCUCGCCGCCCUCCGGGAGGAUUGGCUGGUAGGAGCGGGCGCAUGUGGCGCCACUCCGAAACUUCCACCACAACUGCCCAGGCAGGGGCCGAUCCAGGCCGCUGUCUUCGAACGUGCGCAACGUGAGGCAUUUGCCCUAGAAGCUUCUGGGAGCACUGCACUGCUUUCGCUGCUGCGCUCUCCAGCCUUGCGCAGGUACUUGGCCCUCUUCGAUGACGGCAGCCACCUGCAGCAGCUGUCGCCCGAGGAGCUCCAGGUACGGCUGAAGCAAGAGCUGCGCUCGGCGGAGCUAGUGCAUAAUUUCGGCUCUACCGCAGAUCCGCGACGUGAAGGAAACUGUGGCCUAGGUGUUACCCUGGAACCCGCGAAGGGGCCCGAUGCCCCCUACCUCUAUGAGGGCUGGAUGCUCCAAGCACUGCAUUUGAUUCCAUUGGAUGUGAAAAACAACAUCUACACAGAUGCGAUGGAGCAACACCUUUUCGGCUAUCCCCCCUUCGCCGAUCCGAGCUGUCCGGAUGUCCCCACAGCGGCCCAGCGGCCCAUGUACUCGGCUCUGAACAUGUAUCGGGCCAGCGGAGGGAACCCUCAAUGUGGCCCUAUCUCGGCCAUCCUCUCACGCAAGUACAUCAAUGGAAGUGCAGUGGCCGCACCCAUCGACACCGGCCUCUUUGCCGGCUUCUGCGGCCUGGACACCAAGGAAACUGUGGCAUUCAACGGCGUCCGCUGCUUGCGCUGUGAGAUCUGGUCCUCCUCGUCGCAGAGGGUUUUGGGGACGCCAGACAUCCUCGAUCACCUCCUGCCCGUAUUUCUGCACUUCUACAAUGCAACACAAGAAGUCGCAGGCGACAGCUACGUGGAGUACAACCUAGCCAGGCUACUGACCCGGCUCCUUUCGCGAAAGACCUAUUCACACGCCUUGCGCGAUUUGGGCAAAUCUCUUCCAGAGCAGCCGCUGCGACUGAACACGUUGGAGAACAUCCUGGGGUAUAUGGAGGUGAACCCACUGGUCACCAUAGAUUAUCCACAUGGUGUGGUAAUGUUGGUUGGGCUUUUCGAAGCACUCUUCGGGACUGAAGAUGGACUGCGCCUACGCAAGUGGUGUCUGAAGCGAGGCUGGCCCCUGGCGUGGGCGCACAACCCCGAUAUUUCAUCCUGGAACUGCGGCCCCGCCACCGUGAACUGCAUGAUGCCGAGUGCGAACUUCUCCGAAGGUAUUCAGGCGGCAAACUUGCGGCUGUUGGAUCCUAUUGUUCUCGAAGCCGUCCCCGAAGGCCACAACUUAACGACCGAGCAGUUCUUUCCUCUGUCUCAGCAAGCAUUCAAAUCUGCCUGGGCAAAAGCAGCGACAGGAGUCCCUACCGGCCUCCCCAAGCCGCCUUUGCCUUGGCCUCCGCGGCCGCGGCUGGCAGAGAUGAGUCGCCUGUGGAGCGAGUUGUCACAAGAACCUUCGGUACAGCAGUUAGCCGUGGAGCCGGUGUACUACCAGGCCUGCGCCAGUGCCGACUGCGCAGGGGUGCGGAUCCUUGAUGGAAAGUGUGUCUGCCGACCGCUCUAG